AUGGUGUUCUCAUUGGUUAUGAUGUCAACAUUAGUGCCCACUAUCAUAGGGCUGAAUGAAGCUACGAAGGGUGCUCGAGAUCAGGAGGAAAACCGCAGAUCCGAGUCACGAUCACGACGAUGUCAUCUGGUAGCCACUUGUGAGGAAACCACGGGAACGCCGACUCAAAGACAGCAGGUCCACAAUGCUAAAGUGUAUCUUGACAAGGACUAUAAGAUUUACAUCAUCAAACAGCCAAGCCCUAGCAUGGCCCCAUUCAAUGGACAGUACUACACACACCCAGCUUUCGGACAAGACAACUCGGCCGGCCUUAUCUCAAUGAGUCCGGAAGAGCCGCCCCUCGCGCGGUGGGUAUAUCUGGACAAGGAGACAAAGCAAUUGAGCUAUGGAAACAGAAAGGAUAGCGAGGAGAACGUGUGCGGUCCCUUCGACUGGACGGAAGACGAACAAUAUGUGACUUUGGAGGGGAAUGAGCAGUGGCUGGCAGUGCGAUUGCCAGAUGAUGUGCGGAGGGAGCAAGAGUACGAGGAUCUGGGUUUGGAUGAUGAUAAGGCAGUGAAGGGUCUUUGGAGGCUUUACUUCGAUCGCGAGGGCAAUAGUCUGGACCUUCCUGAGGGGACAGAGACGAUGAAGAUCCGUUUGAAACGAGAUCCAGUGGAAGAAGAAGAGGACGACGAUUCCUUCUGA